UAGAUAAUUUUAUAAAUAAUUGUUAAAUAGUACAGAGUCUAUCGCACAAACAAUCCGCCCCUAAGUUUUCCCCCAUGGGGGGCGUUUCAGCCACGGUAACCACUGUAACUGGGGGCAGUAACCAUGAUUAUGACCAGAUGCCGACUGUAUGUAUAAAAUCGUAACCGUAGACUUAAAACCAGCUACGACAUGACUAAGCGAUUGUACAUGCUCAAGUUAAUGGGGCAUCAACCUUUUUGAGAAAAAAAAUUUUUAUUCACGAUUUAACAGAAAAGCACUACACUACCCAAAAGCCUAGUCUAGAUCGCCGUUGCCAUGGAAGUGUUUGUCACUGUUCCCUCGCUGGAAUCAAGAUGGAUAACAAGGGUGUCAGAACCGAUGUGUGGCCAUCCGAUAUAAACUGUUUUUCUCAUCUUGAAAGUUGAAUUUACUCAAUGGAAAGGGUAGGAAGUCAUCUUCUUGUGAGAUUAAAAUAGAAGCAUGUUAAACUAUCGUUAGGCUGCAAAUGUUCGAAAUGGGUAAGUUUGAAAAGGCUCAUGGGAUGAGUAGUUCCUUCACUCGGAAAUUAAAAUAUGGAGACAGUCUUGUACCUUUAUUUAGUUUUUCUGUUCGUUUUUUUCUCGAAAUAAUAUGCUGUAUGAAUAUGAGUCACAUCGUAGCUGGUUAGCCUAAGGUUUCAAACUCUUUAUGUACAGAUGUUUCCAGACGUAGAUUGGAGAAAUGAAUGGGAAACUUACUUCCGGAAACUAAGCUCUCUCGGAGAAGGGGCAGGACUGUUGCACUAGACACUUGGAAGCUAAAGAGAUGACUUUCUAAAUGAAAAAUGUUUAUUCAACUACAAAACCAAUGCUGUUUUAUUCAUAUUGUUAAGAUCAAUUUGUUAUAAAAUGUUGCCUAUUAAAAUCCCUUAUAUUUGAUCAAUUCACUUUUUUAUUUAGCUCUCAUCAAAGUUGUUAAUGAAAUGAAAUGAAAAACACACUGAAAGCAAUGGAGAAGAAGCCGAGCGAAAACACACCUGCGUUCAGCUUUGGCCUCCUGAAGGCCUCACCUGCACUAGAGACACCUGCCUCUGGUGCUGAUGGGACUGCCCCUCCGAGUCUGUUCUCCACACUGACCGAGUCCAGACCUUUUGGGUUUAGGGCAGCUGUGUCGGCGUCUCAAAAUAGUGAGCCUAAGCCAAAUAUCAUUGGAGGUUAUUAUGGGGUCGCCUGCUGUCCUGUUGUGUCGGACACACCAGGCUAUGUGAAGGAGCCUUCCCUUGCAGAGAAGGUCCACUGUGUGGCCUUUGUGGUCAGCGGCCUGGAGAUCUCCUCCUACUCGGACACCAUGAAGUCCACCUUCCACCAGCUCAGAGAGCUCAUCAGCGCCCUGGAUAUACACCAGGUGGCGCUGUUGACUCAUGUGGAUAAAGUGUGUCCCAAGACAGCCAGUGACGUCUCCCAGGUGUAUAAGAGUUCACCAGUGAAAUAUGCGAUGGUGAAGGCCAGUGCUCUGCUGGGCAUGCCCCUCUCCUCCAUCGUGCCGGUGAAGAACUACUCUGAGGAGCUGGAGCUGGACCCACACACACACACGCUGCUGCUCAGAGCGCUCGACCACAUCCUGCAGUACGUGGACCUGCACCUCAGAGACCAGGGGCCAGAGAGAGGCAACACAGGAGGUUACCACAGUCCAGACUCUGUGACAGCCCAGAGGGCAAACGACGCAGAUGAUGCUCAGAGUGUUUUAUCACUUGCACCAAAACCCUCAUCGCUGUUCGACUGAAAGAUUGUGACAAAUCUACAAGCCUCAAUUUUGUGGAGGAAUAAUAGUUCCAAAAGCAAUACAUCAGAUUGUCUUGAUUCUCUCUCUUAAAUCUUGAUUUUUCCUAUGACUGGUUUUGAAGUUUGUACUGUUGCAGUACUGUACAGGGCUGUGCCGGAGAACUGCCCCCUGGGAACAGUAAAGUCUCACGUCUGUUGUCAGACAGAGCUGCUUUUAGAGCAGUACUUUUCUGGCAACAAAAAUAGCAUUCAGCAUUGUUUUUUUAUUGGAUUUCUAUGAAAAAGGCACCUAAUUGAACAAAUCAGCUGCUACUCUUCAUUUUCGAUUCAAAUACCAUGAGCUUAUCCACUUCAAAACAUUAUUCCUUUGUAAGCACAAUGUGGCAUCCCUUCUUGGGCUGAGGAAAACUAAACAGAUGACGACACAUCUUUGAAAUUAUUAUAGUUUUCAAAAACACCACAAGCUUCCACUCUUCAAAACAUCAGGCAUUAUUUUACAGGCACUAUAGAGUACCCCAUCCUAGCUGGGGGACGAUGCAGCCCGUGCAUAAAGCUCAACCUCUUGCAGCCCUCUCCACAUGGGUGGGCCCUUAUCCAUUGUCGAUGUCAACAUGUCUGCUGGUGAUACAAGCUCCACAUGUGAAGUCUUCCUCAGUACAUCCCAAAGAUGUUUAAUGGGUUAUGGUGGAGACUGUGGUGACCAAUAUAGGAUGUGUGAAAACAUUCCUAAUUUGAGUCCAAAAUGAAUCCUGGAGUUGUCAUCCAGUAAUAUGCCUGUGCCAUCAGGGAAGAAAAUGUAUUGAUCAUUUAGUCAUCUGACGUGUAGACCUGACCAACUGAGCAUCCUCUGUGACGGAAAUGUCCAUCACUCUGGAACACGGUAUAUUUGUAGUCAACGGACCAAAUUAUCUCUUUCAAUCACUUCAGAUCUUUAUGCUCCCUAAAGCAAAUUAAACUUCUUUCCAACCAG